AUGAAAGAUGUCAGUGACCAGAUAGAGAAUGAGGAUCAGGUUAAUUUAGUUAUUUACCCUUCUUUUCCUGUUUUCCUUAAAACAAACAAUUAUUAGCUAAGGUCACCUCCCCUAUAUUUCUUUUUAAUGUCAAUGUACUAGUAUACUUUGGUAAUUUUGUUAUUUCAUACUGCCUUGGAAAAUCGUUGCUUGCACUUUAUAAUAUCAGACCCUAGAUUUAAAUUUUUUUUGCCUGUGCCUCUCGGUUUUUUUUCUUUUUUUUCUGAAAAUUUAACCAAUAAUUCUUCUAUAAGCCUUCGAAUUGAGGACUAAAAACAAACUUUUAUGAUUUAAAAAAGUCUUGCACCUUUUCAUAACUCCAUUUCAAAAUCACAACAUUUUUUCUCUGCAUUUUGAAGAUUUUCCACUCAGAAUUAGAAAAGUUCUCGAAACGAGAUUUUUUUCGUGGAAAUCGUGUUGACCGACUCCAUAAGCAGCCUUACAUCUACCUUAACUUUAUCAAAUUUGAAGCUAAUCUAUGAAGGAAGAGCUGAAAAUUGGUUUUAUGGCUAAAUAGAAAAUUACAGCUUUUGCUUAAAGUGUCACUUGUUUUAUUAAGUUAUUUAUUUGACAUUUCCCAGCUUGAAGAUGCUAAGCAAGAAGGACAAGAUCAAGAAAAGAAAGAAGACGACUCCCAACAACAAAUACCUGACGAAGAAAAUGGUAUUGAAAUGAGUGAGAACUUUGAGGGGGCUUUACAUGAUGUGGAAGCUGGAAAGGAAGAGGACGAGGAGAACGAAGAAGGGAAUGGGGAUGAGGAUGACGUUGAUAAACAGAUGGGAGAGGUUGAUGGACAAGACACUGAAAAACUGGACGAGAAGAUCUGGGGAGACUCAGAUGACGAGGAGGAAAAAGAGGUAGAUGAGGAACACCAUCUUUAAAGUAAAAUUCGUUUUUUUUCCCUAAGAAUAUGAGAAGAAAUGGGAGAAAAUUCUAACUUUUGGCUUUAGAUGAUUUUCUCCCUCACAAAGAAAAUUUACCAUUGUAAAUGGGAAUAACUGGAAAAAAAAAGCACCACAAUAAACCAUUCUUCAAACUUUAAACCAUUCUUCAAAGUUUAAUCCUUUAACUUCCAGAAGUGAUUGAAUUCCAACUUCUCCCUUUAAUAUCCAUACAUUAUCCAGCAAACAAGUAAUGAGAAUAUUCAAACUCAUCUGGUAGUUGUUUUCAUGAUAUAAAACCAAAUUCUUGUAACUAAUUUGCGAGGAAAUGUAAAGCAGCCAAAUAGAAGAAUUAACAAUCAGAUCUUAGGAGUUAAAAGGUUAAUGUAGGUUUGCAAGAAUUACAUUUUUGAGAAAUCGUACCCAUUCUGCAUACCCUUCCUUUCGACAAACAGUCAUAGUUCUAGAGUUUUUAUUAUGCAUUUUAUAUUUAAACCAUUUACAACAGCAGCACAGGUAGGAACUUGUCAGUUGUACCUCCUCGUUUAAUAGUAGACGCAAAGCGAUUGCAUGUUGUCCUAUGCGAUUAGAAUCUCAAAAAAGCAAACCAAGGGAUAUGACAAUAUGAAAUACAUCUUUUUUCCUCUUGUAUCGCUCCAGGAACACGAGAUGAAAGAAGAGAAGGGAACAGGGGCUGAAGCCGAAUCUCAGUCACAAUUGGUCGCUAAGGAAGACAAUAAAGGUAAGGUGGUAAGGUGUCAACUGGGUCACUAGCUGCUUUAACUUUAAACUGGCUGUUGAAAACGCCAGUUCAGAUAUAGCUGGUGCUAUAGGCUAAAGCAAGUCUUGGUUGUCUUUUGUCGCAAGUACCCAGGUGUGUUUUUUUUUCUUUUCUUUCUUUUGUGGGUAGAGUGAACCAAGACCCAACAGAGACGUACAUUUUAGAGAUUUAAUUAUUUCUACAAGACAAGCCGUCUUUUUUGGAGGUCCUGCCGUUAAGCAGUUCUCAUAUUACUUUCUCUUAACCUUACAUUUUUCAGCCUUUUGAUUCAUGCGUUCUCAAAGGAACAAGAUGAACGUCGGUUUUUCACAUAAUGUUCGUAAAUUUUCUCGUGAAUAGUUUUCCUUUUAAAAUACAGGCUCUACAGAUGAAAGAAAAGAGCAAACAGAGGGACAACCUGAUGCUGAUGAAGAACAAAGUGACGAAAAUAUCAAUGAAGCCUUGCAAGGUGAAGAGGGAAACUUGAGUGACGAGGGGGAGGAUGAACAGGAAGGUACUGGACAGCAAGGUAAAGAAGAAGAGCCUGUUGAUGUAGAGGAAUCUUCUAAAUUAGAGCUGCCUGAUGAUCUGCAGCUUGACGAUGAAGGGAACGAAGGCGAAGGAGGUGAGUCGUUUAUGUUACACUGCAAAAGAUACUUGAACAUAACAAGCUGGGUAAAACAAAGGCUGAAUCGCGGAGAUUGUGGACGAAAAAAUAUUAUAAUUAGGACAGUACCUGGACUCGACAUGCAGCUUGAUGAAGAAGGCCUUUGUUGGAAUCUUAGGAUUGAAAGAAAAAUGUCCUUUUGUUCAAAUCCCGUACGGGCCUUAAUUUUUUUCAAGCUUUAUUUCCACUACUUCUUAAAUGGUGUUCAUAAAUGCGAGGAUCGCUUCCAUAUUCGUUAUGUCCUUUUGUUCUUGGAACAGAGUGGGUAAAGAAAACGAUGAGCAAGUGUUUAAACUUUACUGGGUGUGUCAUCAAAAUCUGGUUUUUAAAAUGCAAUCACAUUUACUUACCCUCUCUUUGAUGUUGAAGACCAACCAGAAGAAAUGGAAACUGAUGAAUUUGAAGGAGAUCAAAUUGACACCGAAGAAACUGGAGACAAAACAACGGCACCAGAUGAUGAACAAAUGGAUACCGGCAACGAUGAAGAGGAAGGGGAAGAACUGGGUGAUGAAGAAGACGUGGAGGGGACUGAGGGUGAUGAGAAACAAGAUGUAGGAGAGGGUCCCGAGGUUAGUGAUUAGGACCCUUUUUCCUUUUUUUUUUUUUCUUUUUGAUAGAUUCGACUUAGUGCAUAGAAAUAUUGCGAUGAUUGUUACCGCAUACCGUUUCCCAAACAGACUCAGAGCAUUAGGGACAAGUAAUGAUGUCUGUUUCUGAAUUUAAAAUGAAUAAGUGGUGCUCGCGGAGGCUUCCUCUGCCACUGAACUUGAAUGUUCUCCCUUAACAGAUACCCGUUUCAUAAAUUGUUGGUUCUACAACAUUGUAUUGGCGUAGGUGGAGCAUUGUCAAAUGUCCAAUUUAAGACAUAAUGAAGAUCCGGUGCACUUCAGUAGUCAUAUUCUCCUUACUCCCGUUUCUACUUUUCCUAUGGCACUGAUAAGAAGAAUUCGUUUAACAAUCAAAGCUUAUUAGGCUGGCGAUCAUUUCCUUUAUUCUCAUGAGCGUAAUGAAUGAUUCAGCAGUAUUACUAUAAGGAGAAAUUUGAUUUUGGUCACUCUUUGGGACAAAAGGGUGAAGAAGGUAUAGCAACCAUGAAUUACUCGGCCAUUUGAGUUCUUAGCAUUUUCUUUCUUUCUCUCCUCUCCCCUCUUGCCUAUAGCAGGAUGAAGAUGCUAUUGAUGAGACUGACCAGGAGGACUGGAGGACAAAAACAGAUACUGAGGUCAGAUGAACGUGUAUGUUGAUGUAUAUAUCAGCAAGACAGAAAAAAAAAGACAUGCUGCGUCCAUUAUUCCGCAUCCAAAUUCAAGAGGUCGCUCGACUAACUAGGAGCUAGAUGAAAACGGAGGAGGGAUUUUUCACUUUAAGCUCAGCGAUUCAAAUUUGCCCGCUUUGCGUUUUUCAUCAGUAACGACACUUGGAGCUAAAAUCUUUGCAUCUCGUAUUUUUCGUUACUAAUUUUAUACCGACGUCGUACCUUUGCCAAAAUUUUGUUUGUGUUGAUGGUCUGUGAGUGGGGUAACAGCAAGGCCACCAAGAGAAUUUUAAACUGUCAUAUUUGACAUUUGAUUUAUUUUUUAGCCUCAAGAAAAUGUCCAGGCUGUGGAGGAUUCUGGAGAAGGAGAUGGGAAUGGAGAACAAAGUGACGUUACUGCUGGCCAAUCUGAAUCGACAGAAGGUAAUGAGGAGCGUGGAGUGGGGCGAGCUGAGGCACUUGAUGACGGACACCUCGGAGAGUCAAGCCAAAGGAUCGCUCAAACCACAACAGAUGCCAGACAACAGGUCAGAGCGCUUAACGAUUUACACUGCAAUUUAUAAUAAACCACUUUUGGGGACCUUGAAGGGGAUUUUGCAGUGGAAAGGUGGAGGGGUACACAAGUAUUGCAUUAAAAGCACAUUUUUAUUCGUGUGGUAAGAUGCAAGACACCUUUAUUUACCCUCGUCAGCUAAGAAGUAUUUUUCUUGGUCGUUUGAGAAGCACACAAGAAGCACACAAACUUUAUUCGAUCAAGAAUGAGAACCUGAAAGGCUAGGGUAUGGAUAAAUCACUAAAGAAAUUUGAAGUAUAGAAAUGAGUUGUAGCCCACUAAGUAGUUUCUCAAGUUGGUCUAUAUUUUUACAUCAGUCUCGGCAAAGAAAGCAGAUGAACCUUGCCAGGUCUGACCGGGCACUGGGUUCCAUGGAUGAAACAACUCACAAGAGACUGAAGACUGUUGAUGAAACAGAGUUGGAGCCUGGAGCAGAGGUAGAUUGGAAGUUAUGAAAUAUUCUAACAAACACAAUUGAUAAUCGGAAGAAUUUAUUUAUUCCCCAAGUUUAAUAUUUUUGACAAUUUUUGUGCAGCAACAUCGACCCCAGGGCUGUGUUCUCUUGAGACGUUUUGAGCGUAACUCUGUGCAUGCAACUUAACACUAAACUGGUCACUAUGUUGUAUUAGAUAUGAGUUAGUGACACCAAUAUUCUCGGUGGAAACAAGUAUUAAAUAUUUCCAAAUACUGAUUCUUCAAGAUUUCUUUACAUAGCAGUCCUUGAAAGGAAUUAAAAGUAGAGAAAGUAUAGCAGUGUGGGAGUUGUCCUAAAUCUCGUGCUCCUCAGUGCUUGCAGAACGCAUGGUCUGAAUUUAAUUCCUCGAAGGGAACUCGCUUUUUAUUCUUUCUCCCACCAUUUCGACAAAGCAAAUAAUGUCUUUCUUUAAUCCACGACCGACCUCAAUAGUUACAAUCUUUAACGUUCUAAGAAACUCAUCAUUAUUCUGGCUUAUGUUUGCUAUUUUUACCUGUGUCAGGUAAAUGAGACGAGAACUGAAGAUCUGUUCCAACAUAUGCGAAACGAUGAUCCAAGUUCACAUGACGCACAGACUCUUGACAGUGCAACCGCCGAUCAAGCCGAAACGCAAGAUAAAGCAAACUUUCCCGAGAUGCACAGUGACGGUGAAGACGACGAAGGGGACUCAAAAACGGAAACAGCUUUGCUCUACGAUAACGAGGAACUUCCCGUAAGUACAAUCAUUAUUAGGCCGGUAACAGUUUUAUUGAGGGAGGGGAGGGUUUAGAAAAGGUUCCCAAUCUGGUUAAUGAAGGGUGGGAAAUGUCAACAUUGUAUCGUGAGAAGUGCGAGGUGUUUCCGACAAUAAAGAUUUAUUUCAACUGACUUCUUCAGGUGUCUUAGGCUAUUUCGGUUAACGGUUUCGUAGUUGUUUCUGUGUAUUGCACUUAACUUUGUGUGUUUCACCUGGAUAGCGUAAAGUCAAAGAAGCUAAUUUGUAAAGUCGAAUUUCUGAUUGCCCAAGGGCAGCAGAGAAAACGGUGCCAUUUUCAAGGAGAAUGAUGCUAUCCUAGUUUGUUGAAUGUAUUUGGAUUAAUAAUCCAGAUGGACGUCCUUAGACUCACCUCACCUCACCCCUUAUGUAUGUUUAAGUACUGAGUCUCUCUACACCCAAACGUAGAUCUGCACUGGAGGUCGUCAAUUUUAAGAGGAGUCUCUCUACAAGUUGAAUAUUUCCUAAUAGGGCUUGGAGAAAGGUAAGGUACUACAUGGCCAUUUACUGUUGUUUUUCCUAUUAGACACCAGAUAAGUCCCAGCUGUCCCGACUUCCUCCACCAAUGAAACCCAAGCUGACAGCGGAUAAUGAAGAUGGAAACGAGGCGCGCGAAAGUGAGGCUGUCGAGGAAGCCAUGGAAACCAAUGAUGAUGAAGGAAUGACAGCUGAGCGUUUACGCAGUACUUACCAUUCAUCCGACAUGGCACUGGCCUUUGGAAGAUUGGUAAGACUCAACAGUGUUGUUUAGAACUAGAACGCAGUUUACGUUGCUCGCUGUAUUCAAAAAGAUAGAAUACCUGAGGGUCCUAACAGCAGUUAGUUCUCAGGGAGUUUCGUUGUUGUCCAGAAGGGAGCAAAAAGAAACAAAUACUGGCCUCUCUUUACCUGUUUGAAUUUUUUCUCAGAUGUUCAACCAUAUUUUUAGUUGAUGGCAAUAGCCCAAUGCUUGGUGCCCGUAUUUUACUUUUUCUCUUUUUACUUAAGGGAUAAUUGUUUCAUACAAAGAAAUGUACACGCUUGUCUUUUACCGUUGGACCCUUUUAUUUCGAAGGAUAUAUCAUCACUGGAUCCUGAGAAGGUGAGAGCUGAUCUGGAACAUCAGUUAGCAGAAUGGAGCAGCAUGGAUCGAGGCACGGCCGAGCAGCAGCAAAUGGCUCAAGAGGCGUGGCGCAAGUACGAGCUUCUCACGUCCAAUCUGUCUCAGGAUCUUUGCGAACAGUUGAGACUGGUCUUAGAACCGUCACUGGCCACCAAGCUUAAGUAUGUUGAAUAUAGCUCGUGAAGCUUUUUAUUGUAACCUACUGUUUUUGGUGGAGGUUAAAGAAUUGCUUAAUACUUAAUUCGUCUCAGCCUGGAGUCUCUUCAGAUACCUGUACCCUUUCAGAAUAUUGAAGAGGCUAGUGGGCAGAAUUACGAAGUGUUUCUUGAGAGUCCGAGAGUCGAGUGAUAAGAACUCAGCUGGUUUAUCACUAUUUAUAUCCAAUGGCUGGUCUGUUCGUGUUAAGAAAGACUUCACUUUGUCUUGACCGUCCAAGAGUGUGCUAAUUAAUGCAGAAUCGUAUACAUUCCCGAAGGUUGGGGACGGUCGGGGGUAAUUCGGGAGAAUGUGGAAUUGGGGAAAGGGCAUCUCAUUUUCCUUACGUAUUCAAAAUGUUAGCGUCAAUUGGAAAUUAAUCGAGAUAUAAGAAUGCUUAAGCUCGUUACCGAUCCCCAGUAUUGUUUGGCUCCAAAACCGCCAAGUUAAAUAUUGAGAGGACCUGGGGCAGUGAUGUCUGGAAAUCGGAAACAUUUUGAACAGUGAGAAAACUGUGAAAUGAUCCUCGAUGGCCUGAAAUUUUUCUCACAUACGAAAAACAAGUAAGUCUGAGCGCCUUUCACUGUUUGAUGACACAGUGACCUUACCAUUUGUUUACAGGGGCGAUUAUCGAUCAGGAAAACGGUUAAACAUGAGGAAAGUGAUCCCUUACAUUGCUAGUCAGUUCCGUAAGGACAAAAUCUGGCUGAGGAGGACGAAGCCGAGUAAGAGACAGUACCAGAUCAUGCUGGCUGUGGAUGACUCUUCCAGCAUGAAUGACAAUCGCUCUAAACAGGUAAUCACGAGAAAGGCCUGGGGACUACUGAAAGUUGCUAACAGUUUCCCUUUGUCUCGAUAUGGACUGGGAACCCUUUUGUGAUCGUGUGGGAGGAGAUUGGGACAAGACUGAUUGACAGGUCAGAUCUUGCCCCAACGUCGAUUUACGCAGGCUGCGAUCAGUCUUGAACUAUGGAAGAGUCCCUCCAUUUUUAUGGUUUUUAGGAAAUAGCCUUUGUCAUUGGCCGGCUGAAAGUUCAAGCUCAGUUGUGCGUUACCUUUUCUAUACUGCUGAAGUCUGGCAGCCUCAAAUUGAGAAUUUUAUUUGUUUUCACCAAAAUUAACAUAGGUCGUCAGUCUGUUUAUAGCCAACUAACUUUAGUUUGAGAUGAAGAACUCUAACUUGAGGAAAUUUUAAGUUCAAGUAGAAAACUUGACAUUUGAUUUUAAUGGUAAAGGUUUCUUAUUCUAUAGAUUACACCCAUUUGUUUACUAAAAGAAAACUCGUCGCCAUUUCAUACAUGUCAGUCAGAUUCCAAAAGGAAGAACUACUUUACCAGUUUGUACCGUGGCGUGUUUAGUGCAGUUCCAGCGAAUGUUUUUCUCAGAUUGAUACACUAUAAUGCUGAAUUCUGUUUUUUAUCACAUCGCUCUAGCUGGCGUUUGAGUCGUUAGCUGUCAUCAGCAAUGCUUUAACCAGACUUGAAGCUGGGGAUUUGGGUGUUUGUAGGUGAGUGCAAUUUACAGCCUCAGCAUAUCGGUGUUGAACUCGAAGGAGCAGAAGCACAGCAAAGCAUGUUGACACUGCAACUGUGGAGCGUUCAUAGUCAGUAGGUCUUGUUAGAAGUUAUAGGAACAAAAAGGUCAUAAUGAGAAACGUUUUCAUCUGCGUGUGUGACUUACAUUUGCGCGUAUGUUCCUGUGGGAAAUUUGAACUUAUUCUGACCUUUUCGACUUUGUUUUCUGUGUGCCCUGUAAAAAUUGCGUCAAGUGAAAGGGCUGAGAAUUAGUGAUCGAUGGAAUAGAAGUGUGUUAGGAUGGUGAAAUUGUGGAUGAGUCUAACGUUACACUUGCUUUUGUGUGUGUGUGUUUUUAUAUUUUAGUUUUGGGGAAACUGUCUGCCUCUUGCAUCCAUUCCACGAACCCUUCACAGAUAACUCAGGAGCUAGAAUUCUACAGCAGUUCACUUUUGAUCAGAAGAAAACCAAGAUAGCCGAAGUAAGCCACGCCUAGGGACUUUAAACAAUACAUCCUUUGUAUCCUAUAUCGCAAACAGACUAAUCAAUAUAUCGGAUAGCGAUUUUUAUUUUGAUACACGAUCAAAUUCUCCCAACAAAUUUAAAGGGAUUCUAUGGUAACGGGAAGGGAGAGGUGCAAAUUAGAUCUUGUGAGGUAAAGGGUUAACUAGUGAAUUUCAAUUAAAUUAUUGACCUCAAUUAUUGCAUACUUUCCAUUUGUGUUGUAAUAUUACUCUCAAUCGUAAAUAUCCGUAGUCUUGGUUGCUGGUGAGAUUGGUAUGAUAUUUCGUGUUUCCUAAGGGAAUGAUGGUGAAACUCUAUCAUCAAACUUUUUCGAUGAGAACAUUAUCAGAGCAGGCAAUAGUAUUACAGCUAUCCGAGAUAAUGCCAUAGAAAUCACUCUAAGUCUCUGCGUUUUUAUACCUUUAUAUGUAGCUUUUAAGUACGUGUACAAGUUUAAUGGUGGCGUCACAUUCACGGUUACAAGUGUCUCCCCGGAUGAGAAGAGAAACGAGCCAGUUAUUGCUAAUUGUGUCUGAUGGCAGAGGAAUAUUUCUGGAGGGGAUGGAGGUUAGUGAGCUAAUCAUGCACAAUUUUUAUAUGAAUUUUCUGGAAGUUGAUCUUCGAAAGUAGUCGAAGAUUGCAUUUGGUUUUACUUUAGAAAGCUCAUUGAUUUGAAGAGAAAUCUCGCGCCACUCUCCCGACUUAACAAAUUAAAAAGUGAAACUAAUUGACAAUUGCUCACUAGCGUUUCCUCGUUCAUAAGAUCAUUAGCUUCUUUUUACUUGAAUUAUCAUUGGAUCCUUGCGAUAUUUGUCUUCUUUUCCGAUUGGCCAUAGUGAUAACUCAGGUUUUGGUGUUCGUCUCAUACAACUGAAAAGCGCUCUGUUCAAGUAUGGAUAAAGGGAGCAAGUCUCUCAAUAAUUUGUGGUGCUGCGUUGGUGGGGGUAUUACAACGUAAUUUGGUUUACCAACUGAAUUGAUUUCGUAAAUUGGCCACCGUAGAGAGAUAAUUUAAUAACUGGCACGGCCUUAUUUCUUCCCUUAGACUGUUCAAAAGGCUGUACGACUAGCAAGGGAGACAGAUAUCUUCAUGGUAUUUGUAAUACUUGACAACCCAGCUAACAAAGACUCGGUUCUUGACAUCAGAGUACCGAUUUUCCGUUCAGGAAAGUUACCCGAGAUCAAAUCCUACAUGGAACAAUUUCCUUUUCCAUUUUACAUCAUUCUAAGGGAUAUCAACGCAUUACCAGUGACUUUAAGUGACGCGCUGAGGCAAUGGUUUGAACUUGUGUCUAGUUUUGAUUGACAGCAAGGAGCGCUAAGCACUCUGCGAAACAGGCACAGGGGUAGAAAAGAAGGCUCUUCCAAAUAUGCUGGGGAAACAACAGUCGGACUAGAGAGAUGAAUAGAAGGAUUGAGUCACGAAUACGAGACUAAGGCAGUGAUCCUCGGUAAAGUUGCAUUUCUUAGAAACAAACCUUGACAGCAACCGCUGAAAAGGUUUGCUAUUUGAGAUGUUGGUGGACCAAAUGAGCAGAGCUUCGUAAACGAUGGGAAGUUUGUGAGGUUCUUGAAGAUUGAAGUAAAUGAAAUGUUAAAGCUGUCUUUACCCAAAUUCGAUUUAAGAACAAAGAACAAUUUGAGUCAAAUAAUUUUUGCAGAUUAUACGGCUGAUAAAUUAUUAAGAACGAAGCUACAAGGUUACUGAAAUAUCUCGUUUAUCCUGUCUUCAGAGAAAGAAACUCACUGUUCACUUGGUAUUUGUCUUUCAUCAGGAAAAAGGUUGACCUUGAAAUGUUGUACUGUUAUUGAGCACCUUCUUCCCCCCCCCCAACCUCCCAUUACUCAAGUACUUUCCUCUCUUCUAGACUUAAGCAUUAUGAGGUAAUCAACCACAGCCUACAACCAACGGUCCAGUGUAACUUCUUUUUUUUUACAGCAGUUGACAACGUGACUUCUGAACCUUCUUCUAGCUAAACCUAGGAUCCAAUAAUGUAACGAUUUAUUCUCUUAAUCUCUUUUAUAUCUAAUGACCAAAAUUCGACGCA